AUGGAGUCUCCAAACUCCGCUCGUUUGCUAAUGGAAUGUGCCGCGUAUUCUCGAAAUAUGAAUAAUCCUGCUACUGUUCCUACAACACAAAUGGCAGUAAAUCCUUUUGCUGUCGGUCAUAUUCCCCAAGAAAACGAACGUUCAUGCUGGAAUGAUAUCAGCUCUACUCCAAACUGCAAUCCGGCGGCAUGCAUUUUGUCAAACGGAGCAAAUUCAGAAGACCCGAAAUUAAAACCGUCUUUAUCAUAUAUUGCCCUUAUAUAUACUGCGAUAACUAGCUCGCCAGACCGCAUGUUAACACUCAGUGGAAUUUAUAAGUAUAUAACCGACAACUUCAAAUACUAUGAGAAGCAUAAGCACGGUUGGAAAAACUCGAUUCGUCACAACCUAAGCUUAAACGACUGCUUUGUUAAAAUAAAUCGAAGUGCCUCUAAUCCAGGUAAAGGAUGCUAUUGGGCGAUUCAUCCUAAAGCAGAGCAUAUGUUCGAAGAUGGCUCUUAUCUCAGGCGCAAGAGGCGUUUUAAGUUAGGUGAAGAUGACAUCAAUGAAUUCAGAAAUUUGCAAAUAAGGGCGAACCAAGUCAAUGAGAAUAUAAUUGCAGUCUCUUCAUCGUCGGAACAACCGACUUCAACCCAACAAGCACCACCACAAUAUAUUCCUGCUCAAAAUACUUACUCCUAUGCUCCACAAUCAACGGCAUACAUGCAGCCAACAAAUAGUUGGACACAACAUAUGAAUGGCUUACAUCAGUCAUAUGCGCCAACAAAUUAUUAUAGCAAUAUGCCUCAGCAAGCUGUGACCUCGUAUCACCAGUAUGGCGUUUCUCAACAACUUCACAAUAACCCUGCUUGGUAUAACGGAAAUUACUUAAGGCAACAACAAGCAACGCCGGUCUCCCCACAUGGCCAAAGCAGGAUAUCUCUUGAUUCAACUGGAAGUUUACUGAGGACUUCGCCAGAAAUGGGAGUUCCUUGUUGCAUUAGUCCCACAGAAGAAGCCAAGACCAACUCGGCGAGCCUUUCUGCUGUUCAUAGAGCUCAUUCUUCAGAUUACUUGGAUCCAUACUUUACUCAGCUUCCAUUUUGA